CUGCUGUUAUGCUGAGUGACAUAAGCUGACUUUGCAUCUGGUCCUUUUGAACUUGAUGUAUAAAAGGCAGCAGAAAAUAUUCUGGGUUACAGUAGAAGGAAAGAUGAAGUUCUUACUUCUCUUUGUAUUAGCUGGUCUCAGCUCUGCCCAGUACAAUCCUAACUUGAAAUCUGGCAGGACUUCUAUUGUCCACCUGUUUGAAUGGCGCUGGGCAGACAUUGCAGCAGAAUGUGAACGUUAUUUGGGACCCAAUGGCUUUGGUGGUGUACAGGUAAGUGAACUAAAAGCUGACACUCUUGCAAUCUUUCAAUACUGUAGAUUUAUCCAAGAAUAUCUAUCUUAAAUAAUUGAAAAAGACAAGUAGAUUCACUAUGGUUAACUGUCAGUUACAUUGCAUGUUUUUUUUUUAUAUAUAUAUAUACCAAAACAAUGGGGGUUUUACAUAAAGAGUUUUUAUGAGAAAAGUUCUAAAUGUGGAAUGAUUGCCAUGAAAGCCAUUAAUAUGUUCUUGCAGAUUGCUUCAGUUUUAGAACUUCACCCCAAAAUAAUUCUUUAUACGUAACACCCUAUGAAUUUAAUAUAUGUUUCCAAUAUAAAGGAGCUGACUGUGUGCCACAGCCGAUCAUCAUUCUCAAAAUGGUAUUUCUUGCUGUGAUGGUGGGGAAAGGGCAUAUAAAAAGAGGACAGUAAUUGCUGAGCAGAGUCACUCCAGCAGUCUACACUGACUGCUCUUUUUUUCCAAAACUAAAACUAAGGGUAUAGAAAAAUACAGCCUAAAGCAGCUAAAUUGGAGCUCAUUGUUAUCCACUAGACACGUGUCAAGUCUAUUCUAGACUUUGUGAGUUCAGUCAUCCAGGCCUCUGUCUGCUUAAGAGGACACACUUAUGGACCAUAACAGUUUUUGUUUACUGCAUAGGUUGUAUUUAAGUCCCCCUUUUAAGUCCCUCUUGUUUGUCUGAACAACAACUGCUUAUAUGUGCAGAGAUUUGCAAAAUUCUCUGCGGUUAAAAUCCCCCCACUCCUUAGACAUUUCUUUCUGUUGUACAUCAGUUGCUAUGUUUCUACUGAUGAAAGCUUGCAAUAUUAGGAAAGAAAGGGUUUCUCAAAUGGGAUAUGAUAACUUUGUCUAUAUAUAUAUAUAUAUAAUUAUCUGCCUGAAAAUGUAUUUAAUUUUAUUCUGCAAAGAUUUAGAAAAUAGCCUGGAUGGAUGCUUUAAAAAAAAAAAAAAAAACCCUGAAUAUUAAGAGCUCUAAUAGUAAAUAAGCUUGGAAACCGCUUGUUGAUUCAAGAAAAAUCUGAAAACGAUUUUAGAAUUGAGAAAAAUGUUUUUUUCCCCAUUUUGUGGCACAAUUGGAAAAUGCUACAAAGUGGGUUUUUCACAUUCUUUUUCUUCAACAGCAGAAAUUGUGAGAUGUAACUUGAUAGACAUAAGACUUUCUUCAGUUUAUUUUACUAUUUAUCUAUGUAACUGAAAUACCACUUCCCCAAACAUUCCGUGCUGUGGCUACAACUUUCUGGUGUGCAGUGAUUUAAAUAAGCUCAGCAGUGCCAUAGAAAGUAAUGGAAGCAACAUCCUUGGUCUGUGCAGAGCUCACUGUGGAAGUUUCAAAACCCAGUGAUAUCAAAUAUGGGAACUAUAAAUAAAUGUAACUUUUUAAAUUACUUUUAAUUAAAAAAAAUACAAACUCAUACAAAACUAUCUAAUUGUUGAUCAUAAUAUUAUUUACUUGUGUAUCGUCUACAGAAUAACGAUCAAUAAAUGUUUUUUUAAAUCUCAUCACAGGUGUCCCCUCCAAAUGAAAACAUCGUUAUAUCCAACCCUUACAGACCAUGGUAUGAGAGAUACCAGCCAAUCAGCUACAAGCUGUGCACUCGAUCUGGCAAUGAACAACAAUUUAGGGACAUGGUUACCAGAUGUAAUAAAGUUGGGGUAUGUACUUUUUGAGUGGUUUAUCAUGGAAAUUCAGGUUUAGUUGGGUAUCAGGUAAAUUCUGUAUUUAUUUAUAUGAACCUUUUUAAUAAAUAAGACUUUUGGGGGGGGGGGGGAAUAGCAGAUACAGAAUUACUUUAAAUUGUAUCUAAAUUUAUGUUACUGCAAAUAUCUAUGUAGUUUCUUUAGAGGCAAAUUCAACAAUUCCUUUAAUCUAGUGCUGUGUGUGCCCUACUGGGUGGCUAGCUGGCAUAGGUCAAAGGGGCAUAGGUUCUGUGCACAAAAAAGAGUGAACAGAGUUUCGAAAGACCUUAUAGUUGUUUUAAAGGAACGCUAUAAUGUCAAGAAUAGAAAAACAUGUAUUAAUAACAUAGUGUUAAACUAACUAUUUAGAUCCCCCUUAGAUUGCAUGGUAAAGAUGUUUAAACUCACCUUUUCUCCCACGCUUCAUCGGUCUUGCCGUGGCUGGCCCCGCCUGGCUCUCUCUCUAUUGGAAAGCAUUGGGAGGCUAUUGCACAUGCAUUGCAAAAGACUACGCUGCUCCAACCGCAUCUCCUCAUAUAGAUGUAUUGAAUCAAUGCUCCUUUAUCAAGAACAUUCAGCACCUCCAUGCAAAUGUGAAGACUCUGAACAUCGGUGUUGCACACUGUGCAGCACUUGACUAGGAAGCACCUCUUGUGGCCUUUUCAGUAACUGCCACUAGAGGUGUUCCUGGGCAGCAAUGUAAACACUGCCUUUUCGCUGAAAAGAUAGUGUUUUCAGUGCUCUGCCUGCACUGGAACCACUACAUUGAGAGUUAAGGUUUGCAGACACAUAUUUUCGAACCCAUAUUUGUACAGUGAUUCUACAGAAGACAUUUGUUACACACCCAGUUAGUAAUAAGACCACCAGUGCUGUUACCUCAUGGAUAGGUUAGCUUAGUGGAGCCAAACACAAAAGGCAGACAAUUCCUCAUAACACACCUGCCUUGCAAAGACUUUGGACAACAACAAAGGUUUAGGCUGGAUUAGAAGGGGAGGGCUUGCAAAGGCUUCAGAUAAGAGAUCUGAGAAUUUUGCAAACUGCUUCUAAAUAUACUGUCAAUGAAAAAAAUGCAUCAUUUAAGGCAUGCUUGUUUUCAUUGGUGAUUUAUCUACUAGACAGUGAAUUAUAUCUUCUUUUUUUAUAAAAGUCAAUAUUUCGUGUCCUCAGACAAUCUAAAAUCAGUUUAACAAUAGAUUUCUAUCUCUUUUUACUAACUCGGUGAAAAAGACACAUGCUUUAAAGAAAUGCACCAGAUUUACUAACACAUUGUAACCCAUUUUAGGUCAAUAUAUAUGUUGAUGCUAUCAUUAACCACAUGUGUGGAGCUGGAGGUGGAUCUGGAACACAUUCUACAUGUGGUAGCUCAUUCAAUGCUGGUUCAAAAGAUUUCCCAGCUGUCCCAUACUCAAAUCUGGAUUUUAAUGACAGCAAAUGCAGAACUGGAAGUGGGGAGAUUGAGAACUACAGUGAUGCUAAUCAGGUAAAAUAUUAUCUGAGAAUGGUCCUCUUUUCUAAUAAUUUGUUCUGUAACAAAAUGUACAGUAUUUACAUUGUAUUGUAUUGUGUUUAAAGGCUGGAUAAUGCCUAUAAUACAACAACAAUAAUAAUAUUGUUGUAUUCAAUGAGUGUAACUCAUUUUAGGAGCAACAUGUGCUUAAUGAAGGGAUUUCAUCUAAUGAUUGCUAUAUGGUAUUUAUGGAAUAGAAAUAUAUACUUUUUUCUGUACGCAGGUUAGAAACUGUCGCCUUGUGGGCCUUCUGGAUCUGGCUCUAGAGAAGGAUUAUGUGCGUGGAAAGAUCAUUGCAUAUCUAAACAAUCUCAUCAGUAUUGGAGUAGCUGGCUUCAGGCUCGACGCUGCUAAGCAUAUGUGGCCUGGAGACAUCUAUGCCAUUACAAGCAAACUCAACAACCUGAACACUCAGUGGUUUGCCAGUGGAUCCAGACCUUUCAUCUUCCAGGAGGUAAUAAUAAUUUUCAAAAGGAUUGCAUAUUAACAAUGAAUGGGGUAAGCAUUCUCCAAAACAUAAUCAUUUAUAUUCCUUUUUCACCAUGUAAAGUCUGAGAUACAUAUGGUUUGGUCAGUUAUAAUAAAUGACUAUGCAGUAAAACAAAUUUAGAAUGCUUAAAGAAGGGCAUAAUUGUAUUGGGCUCACUGUUUGCAAAGUAUUCCACAAUGACAUGUGACACUUAGAUAUAUUUUUUUCGAUAUAUAUUUUCUAACUUUUCUUGUCAGGUGAUUGAUUUGGGUGGAGAAGCUAUUUCAGCAAAUGAGUAUUUUGGAAAUGGACGUGUAACAGAAUUCAAAUAUGGUGCUAAACUUGGAAAUGUCAUUCGCAAAUGGAAUGGAGAGAAGUUGUCAUACCUAAAGUAAGAUACAGUGCAUGGUGCUCCAAACUCUGCCCCUCCAGAUGUUGCUGAACUACAACUUCAACUAUGAUUCUUUUAAAGAAACAAAUAGCCAGAGAAUCAUGGGAGUUGUAGUUCUGCAAAUUUCGGGGGCGAGGCAAGGGUGGCAGAAUUUGAGGAGCCCUGUUUUAAGGCAUUAUAGCACUUGCACAUUUGAAACAUGGAGUAUAUUCUUAUCACUCUCUUUUUUUUCUAGGAAUUGGGGAGAAGGCUGGGGUUUCAUGUCAAACGAUAGAUCUUUAGUCUUUGUAGACAAUCAUGAUAAUCAAAGAGGCCAUGGUGCUGGUGGAUCCUCCAUUCUCACCUUCUUUGAUGCACGGUAUGACAGUAUUUGCUGUAAAAAAAACAAAAAAACAUAACAAAUUAUUCAUUGUUUGCUACUUAAUUUAAUCCUUAAUCUGCCUCUUACCUCCAGUCUCUACAAAAUGGGAGUUGGCUUCAUGUUGGCUCAUCCCUAUGGGUUAACACGUGUUAUGUCAAGUUACCGGUGGACAAGGAACUUUGUAAAUGGAAAGGUGAGAUUCUAUAAGUGCAUUUUUUCAACAUUGUGUGAUAUUUAUUAUCAACAUCCAGCAGGAAAUAGUAUGUCCUGAAAAAAAUGCUUAAUGAUCAAGAUCAGUAUGAUGGAAGGACAAGAAAGAGUAAAUUAACUAUGCAUAUUUCAGGUAAUUACAUAGUAUGGCUUUAGUUCUUUAAAACAAGCUAGUACAGGUAAUCUUCUUUCAUGUGCUCUUUCAUAUACUCUUAUAGUUGCAAAUGAGCAUAACCAGUUUUCUUUUUUUGUAUUCCUUUCCUCAGUCUAGCCUCCAACUAGAUUAUUGUAACUAAAUAUCAUACAAAGUUUGAUUCCAGAAACUCUUUUUAGUAAAAAAAAAAAAUUUUUUAACUAACAACUAAUGCCACUCAUGCCAUGCUUGCAUUCAAGCAUAGUCUACUUCAUCUGAAUCCAAAAUAAUUCAGUUCUCUAUUCCCCCUUCAUUCAAUCUCACCCUUUACAGGAUUAUGUUUUUUAUGUUUCCCCACACCUGAUUACACAUAGACACUUUUAUGUAAAAUGGCUAAAAAACACAGCCACUGGUACUUAAAGGGCCACCAUAGGCACCAGACCACUUCAGUUCAAUGAAGUGGUCUGGGUGCCAGGUCCCCCUAGUUUUAACCCUGCAGCUGAAAACAUAGCAGUUUCAGAGAAACUGCUCUGUUUACAUUGAAGGUUAACCCAGCCUCUUGAGGGUGCGACCUAAUAACCCUAUCAUAAAAAUGGCAUUAAAGGAGCACUAUAGUGCCAGGAAAACAAACUCGCUUUUCUGGCACUAUAGUGCUCCUUUAAUGCCAUGUUUAUGAUAUAUAUAAUAAAAAAAAGCAGAGCAUGUUUUCUCCACUCGCUUGGACUCACAAAUGAGUAAGAAGUGUCACAGGCAAUCUAUUUUCCCAUUUUGUUUUAUAUUUUUGAAAUUUUUGGGAAAUAUUUUAUCAUUCUUCAGGACGUCAAUGACUGGAUUGGACCACCACGUAACUCUGAUGGAUCAACCAAGGCUGUCACAAUUAAUGCAGACUCUACUUGUGGCAACGACUGGGUUUGUGAACAUAGAUGGCGCCAGAUUAAGUAAGUAGAAGAAGCCCUCUAGUGACUAUUCAUUGAAAAAGCAUUCAAAAUUCAGCAUUGAGUUUAAUCAUCAUGUUCAGAUAGUUUUUAAGUCCAUGUAUACAGAUUUCAUAAUUUUAAAUAACUUUACUGUUCAUUUCUUAUGAGUUCCACAGCAAUAAUUUACAUUCUUUACAGGAACAUGGUUAUCUUCCGUAACGCUGUCAAUGGUCAGGCCUUGGCUAACUGGUGGGAUAAUGGUGGAAACCAGAUUGCCUUUAGUCGUGGAAACAAAGGCUUUAUCAUUUUCAACAAUGAGUCCUCGUGAGUACAUAACAUUACAUCAUAUUGUAAUACAAUUGCUGUGUUACCAGAUUAUUACUUAAUAGGUUGGAUGUGCUAAUUCAUGCUUUUGGAUCCCUCACUGAGUCUGGAAGUCAAUAAUAUACCUUGAGAUUAUCUUGAGAUCCUUCAAAUUUUAUAAUGCCUUGUUUCUUUGUCCUUGUUUCAUAAUUACCUUGACUCUGGAGAUCUUAAAAAGUAGUGUAUGCUCAAAGUAUACUGAUAUUAGAAGGUUUUCUAAAAUCUGAAUCUAAAUUUUAAACACUAAAAAUCAUGCAAAUUACUUGGACUUCCAAAUAAAAUUGUAUUUUAGUAAUCCUAUUUUGUGCAUGCUCUUUACUCGCAGAUGCAAUAUUUUACUGUUGUCUUCAGUACACUGCUCACAUAAUCUCAUAUUGUUGUUUUAGUAACAUGGAUGUUACCCGGAGCACUGGUCUUCCAGCUGGUACGUAUUGUGAUGUCAUCUCAGGGCAGAAAGAAGGCACACGUUGUACUGGCACACAGAUCACUGUAAGCAGCACUGGCUCAGCACGUUUUGUGAUUAGCAGUUCAGCUGAAGAUCCCUUCAUCGCCAUCCAUGUGAAUGCAAAGUUAUAAUUUCUGCAAAAAAAAAAAAAUCACAUAACCUAAAUAAAUGAUUAAAUCUCUCAAAUAUUUU